GGCGGAGGCGGCGGCGGCGGCGGGGACUUCCCGGCCGGUGUAAAAAGUGGAUAGUGGCUCACGUGUCAAAGGAUGGCACGGUCACGAUCUAGAUCCCCCAGGUGGAAACACAGGUCUUUAUCACCAGUACCUAGAAAUGCUGAACACUACAAGCAAAGACAUUCACACGGGCAUUAUGGCUGUGAAUAUAGGAAGGAUCCAAAAAGACCCGUCGCUUGGAGAAUGGACAGUGAGAAACAUGGACAGAGUAAACCAAGGAUUCCCUCUCGUGGAAAUAUAUAUUACCAGUCUUAUGAACAUAGAUCACCUUCCCCUAACAUAAGAAACUCUUUAGAAAAUGUUUAUAUGUAUAAGCCUCACCGAGGAUAUUCGCCUGGAAGAGGGGACAGUAACAGGAGAGCUCAGUAUAUGCCCAAAUACUCAGAGGGUAUACCCUACAAAGAGCAUGAGAGGAAUUCUUAUCCCCAGAAAGUGCAAGGAGGGUAUAGUCCUGAUGACCACAGAGUUAGAGGAAGUGGAAAAGGAGGGAAACCACCUCAGAGGUCAAUAGCAGAUUCUUUUAGAUUUGAAGGAAAGUGGCAUGAAGAUGAGUUGAGGCACCAGAGGAUACAAGAAGAAAAAUACUCCCAGUCAACUAGAAGAGGCUCUGAAGACUUUGAGACAAGGAGCUCAUUUCAGAAGAGGUAUCCUGAGGAUCGUGAUUUCAGAAAAUAUGGACACACAUCAAAAAGACCUAAAGACGUGGAGAGGUAUGAAAGCAGAGAGCCUGCCAGGAACCCAAAGUGGAAGCCCGAGCAUUCCCUCCCACCUUACCAAGAGGACACAGACCAGUGGAACCUUGGGCCCCAAACUUAUCGACAUGCUGAGAGGGAACACCCAGAGACCAGUUCAGCAACCAAAGUAUCCUAUGACUAUCGUCACAAACGUCCUAAGCUCUUGGAUGGGGACCAGGACUUUACUGAUGGGAGAACUCAGAAGUACUGUAAGGAAGAAGAUAGAAAAUACAGUUUUCAAAAAGGCCCUCUAAAUAGAGAGUUAGAUUGUUUUAAUACUGGAAGAGGGAGAGAGACUCAAGAUGGACAAAUCAAAGAACCUUUUAAACCGUCUAAGAAAGACAGCAUUGCCUGUACUUAUUCAAAUAAAAAUGAUGUUGAUUUGAGGUCUAGUAAUGACAAACGGAAGGAAAAAAUAAGGAAAGAAGGGGAUUGUAGAAAAGAGAGCAAUUCUUCCAGUAACCAACUUGAUAAAAGUCAAAAACUUUCUGAUGUGAAACCCUCGCCUAUCAAUCUUAGGAAGAAAUCACUUACAGUUAAAGUAGAUGUGAAGAAAACAGUAGAUACAUUCAGGGUUGCUUCUAGCUAUUCCACAGAGAGACAGAUGUCACAUGAUUUGGUUGCUGUUGGCAGGAAAAGUGAGAACUUUCAUCCAGUGUUUGAACAUCUUGACUCAACUCAGAAUACUGAAAACAAACCUACAGGAGAAUUUGCUCAGGAAAUCAUAACAAUAAUCCAUCAAGUUAAAGCAAAUUAUUUUCCAUCACCUGGCAUUACUUUACAUGAGCGUUUCUCAGCAAUGCAAGAUAUACACAAGGCAGAUGUAAAUGAAAUUACAUUGAAUUCAGAUCCAGAAAUACACAGGAGAAUAGAUAUGUCUUUGGCCGAGCUUCAGAGUAAACAAGCUGUGAUCUAUGAAUCGGAACAGACUCUGAUCAAAAUAAUAGAUCCAAAUGACCUACGACAUGACAUUGAAAGAAGGCGAAAAGAACGGUUACAGAAUGAAGAUGAGCACAUUUUUCACAUAGCUAGUGCUGCAGAGAGGGAUGAUCAGAAUUCCAGUUUUUCAAAGGUAAAGAAUAUUCAUACUGAUGGAUUCCAAAAACCUACACAUUUUAUAAAAUCAAAUUUUAGAAAAUGUAUUGAAAAACCUUACAUGAAUUAUACUACGCAGAGAAAAGACAUAAUUACUCACAAACCAUUUGAGGUUGAGGGAAACCACCGAAACACAAGAGUAAGACCUUUUAAGAGCAACUUUAGAGGUGGCAGAUGCCAGCCCAAUUAUAAAUCAGGCCUGGUACAGAAGAGCUUGUACAUUCAGGCUAAGUAUCAGCGUUUACGGUUCACUGGCCCAAGGGGAUUUAUCACUCAUAAAUUCAGAGAAAGAUUAAUGAGAAAAAAGAAGGAAUAUACAGAUGUUGCCACAGGAAUCUAAUCUGAAAUCGUACAAAUGGAAAUGGCGCUACAGGAGGCUGUUUGGGAGCAUCUCUCUCUCUUUGUCAGGAGUUAGAAGUGACACUAAGGCACUAAUACUGUAACUUCUUGAUAAAAUAACUUUAUUUUUUAGUAGUAGAAUGCUGCAACUUUUUUACACCUAACAAUUGCUUUUAAAUUACAGUAUUCAAUUUAAAAGUUGUAUUAACUACAGUUUCCUUGCAAAAAGUCUCAAAAGAAUCACUUGAAGGGCAUUAUUUGUUGAUGCAUUUUUCUCUGAGCAUGGUUUCAUAGAGAGAACUUCACCAAGUAAUAUUCAGAUGUUUAUAUGUUGAAAGUUUUGCUUACGUAAUAAAAACAAAAACAAGUAUCUGAAUUGUAUAGUGUCUGUACAUGAAAGAACUUUAAACAGUGGCCUUAUGGUAGAAAAUUUUAUACCGGAUUUUUCUUUUUCUGAUGACAUUUUGGCUUAUAACUCGAAGUUUUCUUAAGUUUCUGAAGAUCAAGGCCUAUAUAAUUCAUACAUUUCAUAUUAUAAGAAGGCAAGAGACAAGGUGCUUCAAAUAUUCCAUCAGGUAGUUGUGAGUGCACUGAAUUUUUAGUAAUAUGUUCAUUCAGUUUUUUUCCACAACUAUUUGCUCUUUUCCAAUUUCAAAAUGCUAUUGUGGAAAAUAUGUAAAGAUUUUGUAAUCUAUAGUCCAUCUUAUUUUUCCCUCAGGGCAAGCUUGUGCAUAUCAUAUUUUUAAAGGCUUUUUAAAAAUCUGACAGACAAAAUCUCAUAUUUGAAAAUUGUACUUUACUACUACAGCAUUACACAUUUUGCAAGCACAUCUUAUAGAGUGUUUACUUUUAGUUCAGUUGAUACGUAUUGCAUACCUACUAUGUGUAAGAGCAAAUGGAUGGGAUUUUAAAUGACAUUUUUAGGCCCCAAUACCUUAUUUCUUUAUGUUUUCUGUGUUCUGCUUAACAGUACAUAUACGUUCCCAAUUACAUUUUUGUGAAAUGUUUAUUUGUAAUAAAAUAAAAUAUUGUUGCUCUUUCUGCUUAAAGAAGUUACUUGCCAGUUUGUGAGAGCAUUAUUUUAAUUUUGCAUGAGACUUAUAGUCUUGGAUAGCACCUCUGUUUAAACAGUGUUUAAAGCACUGUUCUGUGCUUACAAAGACAGAGCUUUCAAAAUUAAAAUGUGAAGGUUGAUAAGAACUUGGCUUUUCAUGACUGGAUGUGAAAAAUCUUAGUACAUUCAGUUUUGUUUUCCAUAUCUUUAAAAGAUAGGGCAGCCUUUUCCUUAAGUGAGUUCAUGAUAAGGGCGGCAAGUGCACUUGAUUCAUUGCUAAGCAGGUAAUAAAUUUAGGUAGAUGGCCUGUCUUGAACUGUGUACAAUCUCUAUAGAUCAGGUUUUCCAAACAUAUUUAGCAUUCCACUUAUGGUAAGAAAGAAAUGCAUGCACACGGGUAGUAUGGCAACUUUAUAUUGUGUUAGGUACUUAUAAAAUCUGUCUUAAAUUUUAAAAUAAUUGAUUUCAUUUACUCCCAUAUUCUAGGGGACAGUAAUGAGCUUUGAAUAUUUAAUCAUUUGAUUGACAACUAUGUAUUGCACAGAUACUGUACUAAAAUUACAGCAAUGAACAAGAAGACAAGACACAUGGACCCUGCCUUUAUGGUACGAAGAGUCUAAUAGGAAAAACGGACCUUAAACAGAAAUGUAACUUGGUAAAUGGCCUUCAUAGCUCGAUUUUUAUUUAUUGUAACACAUAAAGGUAAGAUGGCUGAUUUACUAUUAUUCAUUCCACAACUGAUUCCCUAUUUGGAUAUUCUUUUGGCACUGUCUCAAAAUGCAAAGCGUGUUAUCUGCAAAAUACCUAUGCAGAAAACAUUGUGUGUAUAAGAUCGAAAGCCUAAAAGGAAAAACCAACUUGAUAAUUUAGAGUACAAAAUAAGGACAGGGACCAUGUCUGUCUUGUCCACCAUAGUAUCCCCAGCACCCAGCUCCCUAUUUGACAUGUGGUAAGAGUUCAUUAAAUAUUAGUUGAAUAAUGAAUGAAUAAAUAGGGAAUAAUGGAAUAUGUUUAUUAGGAACUAUGUGUGUAAUUUUUAUAUGGAGGUUGAACAAAAGGUUAUCCAUAGCAUUUUUUAUUGACUGGAAAGAAUUUGAAUUAUUGAAUGCUUAAGACUUGAGAAGCGAAGUUUUUUUUUCUGUUUUUUUUGAUAAGUCCCCUACCAUUGCCUCCUCACCUUCCUCCCCUACGUGCUAGGCCCUUCGCUGGUACUGGGAAGACAAAGAUACUAAGACACAGUCCCUGCUGUGAGGAAGCUCAUGCACUACUGAAGAAGAGAUUCACAAAAACAAAGAAUCACAAUGUAGAGUAAGUACUUUAGUGGACAUAUAUACAAAAGGUUGAGAGGAAAGUUGUUGACAUUUCUGAUUCAGCAUCCCCUCGUCAUGUUUCUUUCCUAUUGGUUUCACCAACCUCAGAAGGCACUAUUCUGUUGGUGGUUUUACUGGUUUUAAAAAUUGAUGCAUUGGGGGAAACUGGGUAAAUUGUACGCGGAAUCUCUCUGUAUUAUUUCUUUUAUAGCUGCAUGUGAAUCUAGAGUUACUUCAACAUAAAUUUCAAUUUGAAGAAUUGCCCAUAGUCUUAUCACAGAGAACACUAUUAUAAAUAUUUUGGAUGAUACAUUUUCAUUUUUUUCUAUUGGAAAAAAACUCGCUACAUUUGUGUGUAACAAUUUAUGUAGAUGUAUACCAUGUACCACAUUUUACCUAAUAAAUCCUACAUUUUUGAA